AUGUAUCCAUGCAUUCCCAAUGAAGUGCUUUCAGCGGCGGAACCCUGGUUUUAUCCUGCAUCGCCUCCUUUACUUAUACCACAAUGCUUCUUUACUUCUGCAAUUGACUGCACCGAAGUUGUGUAUGGAGUAAAAGCAGGGGCAAAGGCAGCCGCAAUUGCAUUUGUCGCAUCUGCAAUUCCCGUGUUGAUGGGAGCACGGGCCAUUCCUUGGGCAAGGGCGAAUCUCAACUAUGCAGCUCAGGCACACAUCAUCUCUUUAGUGGAGCAGCCUAUUUCAUUGUGGCAGAUAAAACUAUUCUGGCCACUGCCCGGAAAAACUCAUUCGAAAAAUUGGGUCCCAUGGAAGCAUCGUUCUAAAUGGCAGGAAUGAUUAAUGUGUAGUCCAGUCAUGGUUGAUAGCUACGGUGUAGACACAUGAAUGGUAGAGAAUGGGUGGAUAGUUUUCAGGACUGAUAAUACACACACCUUUGUAUUCAACUCGCAAUAGGAAGAACGGUGUAAAUUAGUUACUGUAGUGCUUCUCUUGAGGCGCUUAUUUGUGAAUUGUAAGUGUUGUUUUCAAUUAGAAAAGUUUCAAUGGA